UUAUUUUUAAACAAAACAGUGAUCUAUUUACAUAUUUGUAUUCAGUGAAUUCAUUUAAUGUAUCCAAGAGUUUAAGAUGACUACAAACAAUGUAAAUGAGAAACAGCAGAUGGUGAAUAGAUGGAUAUUAGAUUAUACAAUCUCGUUGGUGUGGAAGGAUUUUGUAGAAUGUGGAUCUGUUGACCGCAAUAAUAACAGAGAUCUUGUACAAUGGAUCCUUGCCCAGCAGUUGUUUGAGGAACCUGAGGACCUACAGAUCUACAUCUUGCCUCUGAUAUGUCGCUUGGUGGAUGGAGAGACCUAUGACACAAAGUAUGUAGAAGAAAGCAAUCUGACUGUACUGGAGGAUGCUGCUGGAAUUCUGGAGACUUUUUUGAAAGAUGCCGCACGGUCUCUCCAAAAGGAGGGUCUAGAUUUUUUAGACGAACUCAAACAACAGGCUGUGUUUGUUUGCUGCAGAGAUGACAAUUUUGAGGCAGCAAAAGAUGUUUAUACUCGACAGUUUUCUGGGAGUGGAAAAAAUCAACAGGAAUAUAAAGAGAACAACAACAGAGAAAUCCAGAAGCUGCUGAAAUCAGAAAAUCCCAAACACAGCACACUUGAUACACAUGGAUAUGGUGACUUCCUUCAUAAAGCGCAGGAAUUCCUCAGACACUUCGUCAAAACAGAGGAACCAGUAUUGUUACAGGCAACUUCACUUUUCCCAAUGGCAAACAAGAAAUGGAAACAGCAGGUCAAAGGGACAACAAACCAUCAUGACAAAUUUCAAGACAAGAUUGUAAAUUUAGAAACAUUAACAAAAGUGUGUGAAAGCAUGAGAAGUAAACCAAAAGACAAGAGUUGGCCAAACUUCAUGGAACAGAGGGAGUUAAGAGAACACUUACAGAAGGUCAAUACAGAAAAAACAAAUCUAGUGAAUUCAAAUGCCAAUGCCAAUACAGCAUCAUCUUCAGCAAGCAGCUCAAGUCCCGUAAAGAGGAAAAUUGCUGAAAUCUCGGAUUCACAAGAAAACAGGAGAAAGUCAUUGGCAACAAGGAUACAAGCAAAAACAAACAUGAACCCUAGAGUGAUUUUGAAUGAGGAACUUCCAAAGAUAGCUAGCCCAUCUAAGUCAAGUAAGGCCGUGGCCUCGCCCGGGAAGUUAAGGAACCCCUGGCUGGAGGCGGAAGUGAAUGACUUCUAUCAGGGUGUACAAAUCUUUGGUGUUGGAAACUGGAGUCAAAUCAAGGAUGCCAUGAAAACCUCCCGAACUAACGUACAGCUGAAGGAUAAGUGGCGAACAAUUCUUAAAACAGGUGAAAUUACAAGACUGGAGAAAGAAUUUGGACACUUAAAUUCAAGGAAGGGGAAAAAAUAAGCUUGCAGAUAGCAAGGAUCCUUGAUUGGUAUCAAAAUAAUCAAUAUUUGUUGUGCAAUUUGGAAGACUUUUACUGUUUCAGCAACUUUUAUCUACCGUACGUAAUUUUAUC